AGCUGGGGGCUCCGCUGGGGGCUCCGCUGAGCGCUCCGGGGCGAUGCUGCUGGUGCUGUCGGCGGAGCACCGCGCGCACCUGGGCUGUUUGCCGCGGGCCGGCGGCGCAGCUGUUGGCGAGCUGGGGCGCCUGGCGUUGGAGCAGCUGCGGCGGGGAGCGGCACCGCGGGCCUGCGAGACCGCCGCCAGAAAGCUGAACAUUGGCGUUGACAUCAUUCAGCACGGGGUAGAAGGACUGGUGUAUCUUCUCACUGAGAGUUCCAAGCUUAUGAUUUCUGAGGUUGAUUUCCAAGAUUCCAUUCAUGUUUUGGGAUUCUCGGAUGAAUUGAACAAAUCCUUGCUCCAGCUGUACCUGGACAACAGGAAAGAGAUCAGGAGCAUUCUUGGAGAGCUGGCGCCAAGGCUUCCCAGCUACCACAGUCUGGAGUGGAGACUGGAUGUGCAGCUUGCCAGCAGAAGUUUGAGACAGCAGAUCAAGCCUGCUGUGACUAUGAAGCUACAUCUUAACCAAAAUGAAGAUCAAACUGCUCAGGUGUUGCAAACUGACCCUGCUACCCUUCUCCACCUUAUCCAGCAGCUGGAGCAGGCGCUGGGGGAGAUGAAGAUGAACCACUGCAGAAGAAUAGUGCGCAACAUGAAAUAGCCUUGAUUCCUCUCUGCUCUCUUGCUGAGCAGUUUGUAAAACUACUCAAAACACUGCUCACAAAUACAUUUUGAAGCAAAAUAAACAUCUGGAUCAGAUGAACUGCUUUCCUGUGCCAGGAUCUUGAGCCAGUAUUUACUGGCUAGAUGUCCUUGGUUGCCAGCUUUGCACAUCUUUUUGUGGUGACCUUUUUCACAUAAUCAUAUGUAGUACAUGGUAAUUAAAUGUGGACAAAUAUCA